AAAGAAACUGCAGGUUGAUGAAUUGUUCUCCGAAAAGGCUUUUUUAUGAACAUCUACUAAAAAUAGUAGUUUUAUUCAAUGUCGUGGUCGCAGGAUAACCACUUGGUUAUGGCUGGACUGUUUAUACGAAAACACCAACAUUAACAUAAUGCCCUCACCUUUCUGCCCCCCGCUGCUGAAGAUGCCACAGAAGCUGCUGAAUACUGCCCACUACAUAGAGCUGGGUAGUUACCAGCACUGGCCGGUGCUGCUGCCACAGAGGAUCCGACUGUACACCUACGAACAGAUCCCCCUUUUCCUUAAGGAGAACCCGUACAUCACUGACGGCUACAGAGCCCACCUGCCCUCCAGACUCUGCCUGAAGAGUAUUUGUAUUCUGUCUAAUGAGACGGUGAACAUCUGGAGCCACCUUCUUGGCUUCCUCCUUUUCUUCUCCCUGGGAGUCUGUGACCUCUCCUCAGUCCUGCCAGAUGCUGGAGCCAACAGAAAAGAUUACAUCAUCUAUGCCAUAGGGCUUUUCUGCUUUCAGGUAUGCAUGCUCUGCUCAGUGGGAUAUCACCUGUUCUCGUGCCAUCGCUCAGAGAAAACCUGUCGCCGCUGGCUGGCGCUGGACUACGCGGGCAUUUCUGUGGGCAUCCUGGGCUGCUACGUUCCUGGGAUCUUCUAUGCUUUUUACUGUAACGCUUUCUGGCGGCAGGUCUACCUGCUGACGGUGCUGUCCCUGAUCCUGGCCGUCUUCUGUGCUCAGAUCCACCCUCGUUACCUCAGCAACGACUGGAAAGUUAUCAGAAUGACAAUCUUCUCCGGUGUGGCGGGCAUCGGUGUAAUUCCUGCCUGUCAUUGGGUGUGGCUGAGUGAAGGAUUUACCUCUGAAAUUGUGCAGCUCUUCUUCCCUCGUGUGAUUGUGAUGUAUCUCAUAGCUGGAUCUGCAUUCCUGUUCUACGCCACCAAAAUCCCAGAGCGUUAUUUCCCCGGUCAGGUGAACUACGUCGGUGCCAGCCACCAGGUGUGGCACGUCCUGGUGGUCCUGAUGUUCUACUGGUGGCAUCAGACCGCCGUGCACAUCAUGCACUUCCGACACAGCCGGCCAUGUCUCGGCCUGAGCAGCAGCUUUACCUAAGGGAGCCUCAGCUUCCGGCGGCAUGGGCAAAUUUACAGAAUUUACACUGCAUUCAUUCAUUUUAUUCUAAAAGACAAAAGGGAUAAUUUGAUGGAAAUUAGCAAACCAGAUAAUGCAAAUACAAACAUUUUACAUAGUAGGUUGUUAAAGACAGAACAAACAAAUUGUUGUUAGGGAGAUUUGUAAAAUCUAAUAUGGUAUAGUGAUCUACUAAUAUUUAAAAUGAAAACUUUUUUUUGUUGGCCCCAAGAGAUGAUUGCAGCAAGUGAAACCAUUAAUUAUUAUUAUUAUUAUUAUUUUUUUUACAUUUUCCCCAGCAUACAGAUCCACCAGGCAAGGCUAAAAAGUAGCCUUACAUUCAGUUGCAGACACCUGAUGAAGUUAUAUGACAAAAUGUAAAAAAGAAAAAAGAAUUGAGAACAGAAACUCACCUCUAAGCAGCCUGGUCCAGAGUUAAAGUGUUUGGACCACCGACAUAUAAAUAUUGGCCAAUGGGUUUCCAUAGGCUCCAAUAACACAGUUUUGAAGAAAAAUGGGAGGUGGCCACCACCGCCAUUUUGACCGUGUCACAGGUUCCGUCAAGCCCAGACAAUUCCACAAAAGGGGAGAGAGGAGGAGCUGAGGGUGGGGCUGUAAGGCUGGGAUCAACUGACGACACCCGGUCGAACUAGCUACAAGCUAACCUGAAGCUAACCCAAAGCUAAUGCGGAGGUGGGAGCUAAGCUAACGAAGGUGGCAACCUAGCUACAACCGGAGUUAACUGUGCACAACACCAGAGCUUCUGAGUCAGAGAGACGCCGGGCUGACCGCUGGGUAAAACCGGGUGGAACACAGAGGUCUCCGAGACCUCCACAAGCCGGCAGCCGCACAGCAGACAAGCGCCGCUGCGAUCUGAGAUGCGCAGAGCUGCCUCCUGGGGAGAACCGGGUGGAAAGGUUUCCAUCCCAGAGCUCCACAAGCCAGCAGCCCGCACAGCAGUCAGGAGCCGCGAUCAGACAGAGAUGCGCCGAGCUGCGGGGAGGGGAGAAGAGCUCCACAAGCCGAUAGUCGGAACCCAGCUCCACCAACAUGUUAUAUUUUCAACCCAUUUUCUAAAGUGCAGCAUUAUGUUAAAUGCACUGGGUUUUACCCUAUUACAUUUAAAUUUCAUGGUUAAACAGUACAUGUUAAAAUCUAAGCUCAGCUCAGCAGUGACCUAAAAUACAUAAAUAUAAUUUUACUUACCGAAAAAAAUGAAGUGGAGACUCCUUGGAUGCUCUUAUUAGUGCAAUUAAUGCCACAGCAAGUCAUUUUGUCCAACAAUUGCACAAAAAACAUCCAAAAAAGAAUACACAAACACAGAGACUCAAAAUCCUGGAACAGUUUCCAAGCCAGACCGAGGCUCUACUGAGGCCUUUCCACUGAGCUAGCUCUGUGGUCACGUGGGUCUGAGGCGGCGGUCAUGUGUGUCGGCUGCUCAUUAAUUAUACAGAAUUUUAGGCUUUUAAUACACUUAAACAGAAGAGUGAGAAAAAAAUUCACCCCCCUCAGAGUUGUCAUGAGUGUAAACUAGAUAAUUUAAACCAAAAACAUGUUUUGGUACCAGGCUGUAAACAUGUUUAUUUCUGCUCUGAAAUUGGUAUUUUUAACAUGGAAGUCAAUGAGGAUUUGCUCGCUUCUGACACCAGCCUCCAGCGGAUGAGGGUGGAACUGCAAUUUUUGGUACUUCCGGGUUGGAGUCAAUUUUUGAGCCGCAUUGUGGGGGCUUGGUUUGGACCCACAGCUCUGCGUUGGUGCACUGUUUGCCAGUGUUUGGACUGGCUCUUCCACGUCCUGCUUCUCCGUCCCGGUGCUCUGUGUUGUCUGCCCCGCAGUCCCACUGCUCUGUCCAGGUGCUAAAUCUGCUCCACCGUCUAUGGGUGUAAAGUGUGCUAAAGCAUAAUUUUGUAGUUUUUAAGUCAACGCACAUUCAUUACUAAUUGCUAGCUGCUGUUGCUCCAUUAGCCAUUAGCAAUGUGAGUUAGCAAUUAUUCUCUCAAUAUUUAGCUUGUUUAUUAAAAGAAAUUGAAAUAUUAUUAGUGGUAUAGCAGAUAUCAUUUUAAACUACAAACAAGUACGAAAUGAAACAGUUACAAAGGUCCAUGUUUUUUAAGUACUGGCUAGUUGCAGAAUAUAGCCUAUAGUAUAAAUCUCAACUGUCGACAGCCUUACCUUAAAAAAAUCACCUGUAAAAGCUUUUUAUGCAUGUAGGCUACCUUUAUAUUGCAUAAAACAUAUUCAUAAUUUAUUUUUAACAUCAUUUGAACCUAGGAAAGAAGGGAAAACUUACCUAUGCAGCCUCCUUUACCUCCAACCACACGCAGAAUGAGACUCUGACUCCUCCAACUCCAAAAGUUGGCUUUCCCGCAUUUCACAACAAAAGCAUGGACGUUAGCAGAACUUGGGCACAAUAUUAUUAAGUCCAACUUAAAUAUGUAAGUUCAUACAACUCACUUAAUAUUGUUGAAGCACACAACUAAUUUGGCUUGUCGGGCUGACUUAAUUUAUUGCACUUAAUUAGUGAAACGUGGAUUUUUAAGUUUAAACAACUUAAAAUACCUUUUCAUCUCAAAAAACUUAAGUUGUUUUUAUUACAGUUGUUUGUAGCCACAGCUGCCCUGCAGGGCUACAAUGUAGCUCAUCACCACCAGGGUGUGAAUGUGUGAUUGUGUUGUAAAGCACCUUGAGGGGUUCUAGGACUCUAGAGGGCGCUAUAUCAAAUACAGGCCAUUUACCAUUUGUUGAGAUCCUCAAAACUCAAGAAAGUAAUUUGAGGCUAAAAAAACCCAACAUGAUAAAACAGAAAGCACUUUUUGCUAGAAGUAAGUACAAUUAAUUUUAAUUAAUUUGUGCACCUUAGUUUUUCAUUUGUUUGUGCUUAAAUUAUAAACUGAACAAACAAACAAAACUUAGCAUUUAUGACACCACCCCCCCCCCCCCCCCAAUGUGAACUUGCAAGGCAGUGUGACACCUUAUUUGGUUCACCAACAAAACAAAACAAAAAACCUGAAGCAUUUUUUUGUUGUUGUUUUUAGAUAAAAGUGAAAAUUCAUUUUUCUAUUAGCAAAAUAGGCUAAGAACCCUUUAGCGCUCCUGAAUCUGACUAGAUUUGUUCUGUUGUAAUUAAUACUCUGGGUGUUCUGGGUGUUGUUCUGGGUAAACUACAAAAAAACUACUGUAGGGAUUUUCUUAAAUCAGCUUCAGGUCCUUACUUACAUUCUUUAGCCCUGUCCGUAACCAGACUGCAAGUCUUUCACAAUAAGAGUCUCUGAUAUGCACAUGCACCUUAUACUAAAAUUAUUAUUAUUAUUAUUAUUAUUAUUAUUAUCUGAAAAAGCAUGUUGCAGCCUGAACCAACAGGAAUUUAGAGAAGUUAUUUACACUUUUUGUUUUUAUAUUGUGAAGCUUCAAAUUCAGUUUGCAGCUGCGCAUUAAACCUAUUAGACGUCCACACAAGGCAUUAUGGGUAUUUUAGGUUCUUGUGCCAGUAUCGGUUUAGUUCAUGAUUCCCCUUAAUAACUUUGACUUAAUUCUCAACUUUAAAAGGGAACAUCAGUUUUAAAGAAAUUAGAUUUAUUGAAGUACUGUUUCUUUAAGACCAUUGGGUGUUUUUGGAUGAAUUGUGACACCUGCUGACACUACAUGUGUGAAAUGGAUAUAUAGGACCCUAAACAACAUCAAACAUCUCAGCAUGUAGCUGUUCACACUGCAGAAACUUGAAGACAUGAUCAAUCUGGAACUUUUUCUUCAGAAUCAAUGCAGUUUUUCUGACUCGUGUGUCAGCAGACCUGCGUGUGUAGAAGAAUGUCUGAUAAGGUCAGACUUGGAUCCCUGUGGAUGAUUAAAACCAAUUGUGUGGGCAGCAGGACUUUCAAGUCAUGUGCAGACAAGUAGUUUUACACUUUUAAGAAGUUUUCGAUCAUGUCUGUACAUUUUUGUCCAGUUUAGACCUUAAUGUCUAAGAAUAUCCUGAGAAUGUACUUCUACAUGCACGUGUGUUUCUCCUCUUGCAUGUAGCAGAAUGGGCAUGUUUCAUGUUUACUGUGUUUAAUUUGCCUUCUGUUCUUGAGUAAUUGCACAGUCUUUGCACAAAGUGUUGUAGUCUGUGGGUGAAAACCAGUGCAAGCUGAUCAAACUGUUUCACUAUAGGGUUGUUUAGUUUUACAUACUAAAAAUAAAAGGUCAGCAUAGAAGCUCUUCCUGGAAAUGCAAAGUGAGUGACUUUGUUUCCUCACGAGCUGAUUCCUCUCUGUGUAAUCUCAUACUUGUUUUUGAUCUGCCAUGUUUGCAGUUUUUUCCCAUGAAUGUUUUUACCUCUUUGAGCAGGCAUGAAAAAGGGACGUGUAUUUUGUUCAUGCCUCUGCCUAAAUCUAUUUUUAAACAUUUGAAAUGAAUAAAGAAUGCUGAACACAAAA